UGGCGUAAAAGUCAGUCUUUGGUUUACCGCCACGAGACGCACGCACAAACUACUCAGAACGCCAUGUCGAACAUAGCUGCCAACGUUUAUGCUUUUCUGACGGCGCCAGGCACCUUAUACGGUAACCGCUUCCUGCCCUUCCAUGGUGCCCUACUGCCAUAUCUGCUGACAAAUAUUCUUUAUGUACUGCUGGUGUUCAAGAUCGGUCCGUGGUAUAUGAAAAAUCGCCAACCAUACAACCUUAAAACUGUGCUACGCUACUAUAACAUUGGACAAAUUAUUUACAAUGCAAUUGUUUCAGGCAUGGCUUUUUACUUGUAUGUUUACAAGCGUCCGAUGGCCAUUACUUGCAUGACCAUUCUACCUACAGGCCAUCCGCUUAAGAACAUUGAAGGACUCGUCAGUGCACUCUACUUGAUCAAUAAAUUUAUAGACUACUUCGAUACAAUAUUCUUUGUGCUCCGCAAGAGUUACAAGCAAAUCACAUUUCUGCAUGUAUAUCAUCAUAUAAUGAUGACAUCCUUAAGCUUGCUGUACAUAAGAUAUUCGGGAGGUGGUGGACAUGCAUCCAUGAUUGGUAUUUUGAACACCAACGUGCAUGUAUUCAUGUACGCUUAUUACUUUAUGAGUGCGACCCGACCGGAAAUGAAGAAUUCUCUUUGGUGGAAAAAGUAUGUGACCAGCCUGCAGCUUGUCCAAUUCGUUCUGAUACUUGUGCAUCAAAUGUGGCCUUUGGUGAUUCAACGGGACUGCGAGUAUUCAAAGGUUCUUUGUUUGUGUUCCUGCAUUCAGGCCAUUUUAAUGCUUUACUUAUUUGGUAGUUUUUAUAUUAAAACAUAUGUACGAAAUCCAAAAAAGCAUGCGGCGCAACAAGUCUCACAGGAAGCAAAAGAACGCUAAAUUAUUUUUUUAUUAUACUUACUGUGCAUAAUUUGUACUUGCACCUAUAAACAUACAUAGUCGUCGAUUGUUCAUUUUAUCGUUAAACUUCUCUGCUUAAAAUGUUCCUAGCUGAAUACAAAUUUAAGACUUAAAAGGCGUAAUAAAACAUUAAAUAGAAA